AGUUUUCUAUAAUACGCGAAACGAAUAACAUCGUGACUAAUAGUAACAAAUUAAAGAAAAAAUAUUUAAAAAAAUCAUAAGACAAAAACAUUUAUUUGUUAUUGCUAAAUGUGAUGCUCUUAAAUGCCAAGCUGCAAAAUAUUCAAUAUCAAAAAGACAAAUAAUGAUAAUUAAUGUACACAAAUGAUAUACGAAGUAAAAAACAACAAAAAAUAAUAUUUAAAACAAACAAAUUUACAAUAUUGCAAAAAUACAAAUAAAAAAGAAAAAACAACAAUUUGUGUCAUUUAAAAAUUAUUAACACUAUUUACAAUAAAAUAAAAACAACAAACUAUAAAAACCAAAAAAUAAUAAAUAAUAAAUUAAAUCAAACAACAACAAUUUAUAACUAUUUGGUGUAAAUCUUUAAUUAAUGUUCUUCUCUUCAUCUUUAUAAAUUAGAGGAUUUUUAUCGUUUUCAAUUAAUUGUUUAAUAAAAAACUAUCAACAUUGCGUCCUACAACAAUAUAAAUAACAACAACACCUCAAGUAUUAUUAACAAUAACAACAACAACAAUAAUACCAGUAGCGAUAGUGUUAGCCCCAACACCAAUAAAACAACUAGUUCCUCAAACCCUUUUAAAAUGGGUCGUUGGGGCAGACAGAGUCCGGUGCCCGAACCAGAACCGCCACCACCAGCAUCACCACCACCACUACCACCACGUCACAAUAACACAUUUAUGCGUCAGUCUAGUUUUACGAAAAUUGGUAACAUGCUAAAUACGGCCAUAAAUAUGAACGGCGCGAAGAAACCUCAAAGUAAUGGAGAAGCUAGUUGGUGCUUCUCACAAAUAAAAGGAGCCUUAGAUGAUGAUGUCACCGAUGCAGAUAUUAUAUCCUGUGUUGAAUUCAAUCACGAUGGCGAGUUGCUGGCAACUGGUGAUAAAGGUGGACGUGUCGUUAUUUUUCAGCGUGAUCCUGCAUCAAAAACGGCAAGUCCACGACGUGGUGAAUACAAUGUCUAUUCGACAUUCCAAUCGCAUGAACCCGAAUUCGAUUAUCUCAAAUCGUUGGAGAUCGAAGAGAAAAUCAAUAAAAUUCGAUGGUUAAGAAGAAAAAAUCCUGCACACUUCCUGCUCUCGACCAAUGACAAAACGGUUAAAUUGUGGAAAGUCAGCGAGCGCGACAAAUCCUUUGAAGGCUACAAUACCAAAGAGGAGAAUGGCCUAACAAGGGAUCCACAAAAUGUGACCGCCUUACGAGUUCCUUCUGUUAAACAAAUCCCUCUAAUGGUCGAAGCAUCACCCAGACGCAUUUUCGCCAAUGCCCAUACCUAUCACAUCAAUUCGAUUAGUGUUAAUUCAGAUCAAGAGACUUAUCUAUCGGCAGAUGAUUUACGAAUCAAUCUGUGGCAUUUGGAAGUGACCGAUCAAAGUUUCAAUAUUGUCGACAUUAAACCGACCAAUAUGGAAGAGUUGACCGAAGUGAUAACAGCUGCUGAAUUCCAUCCAACCGAGUGCAAUGUAUUCGUGUACUCAAGUUCAAAGGGCACAAUACGUUUGUGUGAUAUGCGCUCGUCGGCACUGUGCGACCGACACAGUAAACAAUUCGAAGAGCCCGAAAAUCCAACAAAUCGUAGUUUCUUUAGCGAGAUCAUUAGUUCAAUAAGUGAUGUGAAAUUAAGCAAUUCGGGUCGCUACAUGAUCUCCAGAGAUUAUUUGAGUAUUAAAGUAUGGGAUUUGCAUAUGGAAACAAAACCCAUUGAAACGUAUCCGGUCCACGAAUAUCUACGGGCCAAAUUAUGUUCUCUCUAUGAGAAUGAUUGCAUUUUCGAUAAAUUCGAGUGCUGUUGGAAUGGCAAAGAUACCUCAAUAAUGACCGGCAGUUAUAAUAACUUUUUCCGUGUAUUCGAUCGUAAUACAAAAAAAGAUGUCACCUUAGAGGCCUCCAGAGACAUUAUAAAACCGAAAACGGUGCUAAAACCACGUAAAGUUUGCACUGGUGGCAAACGAAAAAAAGAUGAAAUCAGUGUUGAUUGUUUAGAUUUCAAUAAGAAAAUAUUACAUACCGCUUGGCAUCCGCAAGAGAAUAUAAUAGCUGUUGCAGCCACCAAUAAUUUGUUCAUAUUUCAGGAUAAAUUCUAGCCUACAUUCAUCUUCUUUUAUAAUAUUGUUAUUAUGUACUCUAAAUACACUAUAACUUUCCUCUAAACAGAAAAAAAACAUUAAAAGAAAAGAAAACAAAAAACAAGAAAAAAAAGAAAACUGAAAACAAGCCUUUCAACUUUAGAUUUCUCAAAGAAAUACAAAAAAAAAAACAUAAAACAAAAACAAGUAUCGUUUAUUUUUCUAUUGCAUCAAAUUAUUAUUUCUAAAAGUCUUAAGUUUCUUCACCCCCACCAUACUCUUUAACUGUCACUUUUUAAUUUUAUUUAAUUUAAGAGUUGAUUUUUAUUGAAACAAAUUCAAAGCAAAAGGUCUAGUAAAAUAGUUGAACAUUUACAAUUUUUAUUAUUUGUUUUAACUAGUAAUAACUUGUAUUUGGAAUAUUUCCAAAUAUAUUAAAACUAGUGCAAAACAAACGUAUUUAGUAAUACAAGAAAAAUCGCCUAAAAGUGUUUAGGAAAAUCACUCAAAUUUCCAUUUUGCAAACUGAGUGUACUUCUCUUAACAUUUAAAGAUUUUUUAUUUCCAUUUGUUUAUUUAUAUUUUACUAGACCUUUUAGCAUUUAUUUGUUGAAUAAAAACUCUACAGUCUAAUCUAAAACUUGUUGUAAUUUUAAUUUUCUUAAGUUGAUUUUUCCUUAAUUUGUUUCUCCGAAUCCUUAAUCUUAAUUAAAGCUUUAUUGUAUUCUAUUCUUCUUUUUUAUAUCUCAUUGUCUUUACUAUAAUUAUUAUUAAAAAUCAUAUGCCAUAGUGUCAAAAUAUAAAAUGCCUUUUUUAAACACGUACUCUUUAACUCUUUUUUGUUUUUUUUAUAGGAAAUACUUUAUUUUAUAUAAAACUCAAAAGAAGAAAUUUAAAAUUUAAGUAAACUAGCGUUUUAUUUUUUUAGUUAAGCGCUAUUUUUUUUGUAAUGUUAUGAAAAGAAUAUGAGUAAAAAUACUAAAUUAAAAUAAAAUUAAAAAAUAAAAACAAAACAAAUUAUUAUAAAUAAAAUAAGUAAACAAAAACUCCUUCUCCUCCAUCCGCUUAAUACCCCUGUUCUAACUAUCCAUUCAU